AGCUCAGACUAUGGAAUUCAGAGUUAUCAAUCCCAGAACAAUGAACCCAUUUCCAUAAUAACACUUACUCAGAAGAUAAUCAUGGCGAAGUCUCAGUGGGUUCGAAUAGUCCUUUGCCUUCUCAUGUCAAAUCCAUUACGAGCACUUCAAACCCAUUUGUGAAGCACUGUCUCAAGCUCCGCCACAACUCCUCUUAUCGACAUACUCAUGGCUCUGUUCUCGUCGUUGGUGCCACCCCUAUCAGUUAUUAGGGAGAUAUAUGAAUUUCAAGAAUCAAUACAAGAGAAAACUGUCAAAAUGCAUUGUUUUCUAGUACUCAAUAAAGCUGAAAUAUCUGGAGAGAUAGGUGGUUUUUCUGGUCGUAUCGUGCGUGUGAGCUCUGCAGUGAUGAAAAAGCUUUCUGGGUUGCAAUCAACUGAAUCUAUAGAAGCAAUUGGUCUCAUGAGCAUUCCUACCAGCUUUUUAAACUUAGAUGAUCAACAACAAGAAGCAGGUUGUGAAAGAUGGUUCCCCGUUGCACAUAGGAUUCUGGUCCUUGACGGCAUCCAGGAUCCUGGAAACCUUGGUACGUUAGUCAGAUUAGCCAUGGCCUUUAGAUGGGUAUGGAAUUAGUUCAAAAGUUACUCAUCAAUCUUACUUUGUAUUUCUGUUUUGCUAUGAACCUUUUCUCAAUCAUCUCUGAUAUUUGGAUUCAGUUUAUAUGUACAUAUGUGUGUGUGCAAAGGGAGGAAUCCCAUAUUACCUAAGUUUCUAAAAUAAAGAGCACUGUUAAAAGAGUUGCAAAAAUGCUGAGUAAUAUUGGACAAUUUAUAUAUACA